CAGCGGGGAAGGUCCCGGCGGGGCUCAGCGGCAGGUGGCGGUCCCCACGGGGCCGGCCUUGGCCCCGCAUCUGCGUCGCAGCGGGACCACGACGCUCCUAGAAGUAGCGGCCCGCCCGGGGCCGGUGGGAGGGCUGUGGCCGCUGAACCCAGGCUGCGGGACUUUCCCGCGCACCGAGUCGGGACUCUGCUUUAGUAAACAGAAAGAAGACUUGCCUUCCAGGUCGCCACCUCUCCCAGCAGGAACAUCCGGCCCGCCUGUGCUCCUAGAUGAGCGGAAGACUCUGAUGUGAACAAAGGGCCAGCCGGGGGGUGCCGUUGGUUCUUGUGCUUUGUCGCAUUUCCCGGCUUUUCACAUCUUCUUUGCACUUACGUUGGGAAAAUGAAGCAGUUGAAAAGGAAAAGGAAAAGCAAUUUUAGUGUCCAAGAAACUCAGACCCUUUUGAAAGAAAUCACGAAGCGGAAAGAAGUCAUUUUUUCCAAGCAGCUCAACACGACCAUCAACGUGAUGAAGCGGAUGGCGUGGGAGGAGAUCGCGCAGUGCGUGAACGCGGUCGGGGAGGGCGAGCAGAGGACAGGGACCGAGGUGAAGCGGCGGUACCUGGACUGGCGGGCCCUUAUGAAGAGGAAGAGGAUGAAGGCGAACAUUAAGCUGGUCGGCUCGGGGUUUCCCCUCCCCACGUCCGACCUGGAUGACUCUCUCACCGAAGAGAUCGAUGAAAAGAUAGGAUUCCGCAAUGAUACGAAUUUCGAUUGGCAGAACGUGGCGGAUUUCCGGGACGCAGGUGGAUCCUUAACUGAGGUCAAAGUGGAAGAGGAAGAAAGAGAUCCCCAGAGUCCCGAAUUUGAGAUUGAGGAGGAAGAAAUGUUGUCGUCCGUCAUACCGGAUUCCAGGAGGGAAAACGAACUCCCCGACUUCCCCCACAUCGACGAGUUUUUUACCCUGAACUCCACACCGUCCAGGUCGGCCUACGACGAGCCCCACCUGCUGGUGAACAUCGAGAAACAGAAGCUGGAGCUGGAGAAGCGGCGCCUGGACAUUGAGGCGGAGCGGCUGCAGGUGGAGAAGGAGCGGCUGCAGGUGGAGAAGGAGCGGCUGCGGCACCUGGACCUGGAGCACGAGCGGCUGCAGCUGGAGAAGGAGCGGCUGCAGGUCGAGCGCGAGAAGCUGAGGCUGCAGAUCGUGGGCGCGGAGAAAGCGGCCCCGGAGAACGAACUCGGCCAGGGGGAAAAGGCCGUGCUUCAGCCGCAGGACAUAGAAGCAGAGAAGCUAAAACUGGAGAGAGAACGCUUGCAGCUGGAGAAAGAUCGGCUGCAGUUUUUGAAAUUCGAGUCGGAGAAGCUGCAGAUUGAAAAGGAACGCUUGCAAGUGGAGAAGGAGAGACUCCGAAUUCAGAAGGAGGGACACUUGCCCUGAUGGAUCGCGGUUCCAAGGUGCGCGGACGUGUGGAAACCAUAGAUUUUUCUCUGUAUCCAGUAAUAUAAAAAUGGUUGCAAGAUUAGCUCUGGUUUUUCUCCUGUUUAAUGUCUGUGUUUGGGAUAGGAAAAAGACAAUUAAGUGUGGGUUCCUGUAUACUGAAGUCGUGUGUUCCAUAGCAGCGGCAGGCCCUAGCAUAGACAGUAUAGCAGAAACCCUUGUGCUCUACUCCUUGAAUGAGUAAAAUUACAUAGCGUCUUGUAUCAUCUGUGCACUCAGAGUUGACAAGUUACCGUCCACGUACAAUUCUAGCUCGGUUCCCAGAAGGGGGUGAUUCUGCCCCCCGGAAGACCUGUGACAACAGCUAGAGAUAUUUUUGGUUGUCCGCUACUGGCAUGGAGGGAGUAGAGGCCAGCGGGCCUACCUGUGUCCUGCCGUGCACAGGGCUCCCGCCUCCAGAUGGUCCCGCACAAAACAGCAGUACUGCUGAGGGGCAGAAACCCUUUCCUAGCCUGAUUCCCCCUCAAGAGCUUUGGUUGUAGUUUCAGAAUAUUAAAAACCUCAGAUAUUUAAAUGGGUAGUUACUUAAAUGGCCAAAACCUUUAACUAUGUAACAUUCGUGUGUAGUAUAUUGAACGUAGGGAGUGACGAAGAUGUUUAGGUAUUUUAUCCCCGUGUCUAUAUCUCUAACCUGAGACUCCGAGCAUAGUGCAGGGAAUAUCAGUUUGCCCAAGGUGGGUCACUUUGAAAAGCAGUUCAUUCCUCUAGCUGUUGAUGCUUUCAAAGCUGCACGUGCUGCAUAAGGUUUAGUUCCCUUUUUUCUUUGAAUUCAUAAUCUUAAGUUUCAGUAGAAAAAUGCUCAUUUCAACCAUGUACUUAAAUCUUAAUGUAAAUGAAGGUGGAAGCUAGUAAAAAUGGUACCGAUAUAGAAAUGGUACCAGUAGUCCAUGAGCUUUAAAUCAAUGAGUGGUUACUUUUUAAAUAAGUCCUAGUAGCUAUGUGGGCUUGGGGGUGGGGGAGGGGGAGUAUGUCCUCUGUGUCAGGUGGUGAUGAUGACGAUGAUGGUAGUAGCUGUGUGUAAAUGGUUUAGGGAUGCACUUACCACGCACUGUCUGACCUACUCUGUACUGUGGAGUAUUAUUCUUGGGUCUGAGACUCAGAAAAGGAACACUGAAAGUCUGUGGUAUGUAUUGUCUCCACCCCCUCCCUGAGGAACAGAGUUUUGUAUCUUCAGUCCCUGGGGUAUGUGUUCUGAGACCAAGGGCUUGCUUUUAAACUGGUGGCUUGCCUUCAGUCCCCCUGCAGGUGCUGUUUCCACAGUGCAGGUGGUCUCCCUGUGCACUAACCUUGAGACUCUCUCUCUAUGUGAGAUCAUUUUGUAUUCUCUGAUUUCCAGGGCUGACAGUGUAGCUUUAAUCCAUCUCUUCUGUUGGCAGAUAUGACCUGGAUUCUGCAUUUGUUCCUUGUUAAUUUAAGAAUGUCUUGAUACCAUGUGUGAGAUUGGACUAGGGACCUCUAAGGAGAAAAUAUACUUCUGCUUCAUUACUUUGACUUUGAAAUAGUGUUUAUUUUUUUAUAACCAAAAUAAAUGCUUCUGCCGUAGAAA